UUAUUCAAAAGUUGUCUCCUCCCUCUCACAGUCUCACCCACUGAGACUAUCUCUUGACUGCGCACUGCACAGAGUAAAUCAAUGGUUUUGUUGUUAAUGGCAUGCAAUCAUUCUUAUCUUUGAUGUAAUGCGGAACUGUUAAACGUGAAGUUAUAGCAGACAAAUGGCUUCAUCUCGUGUCUUCAAAGCAGCCUUCAAGUCCGCAUCUGUCAUCUCAUGGAAAUCCACCGGUAAGCUUCAGCAAACAGUAGUCAACUGUAUAGAACGAACCGGACUAGGGCUCCACUCCGGUAAGAAAUCAACGGUGAGAAUAUGGCCGGAGCUUGCAGGCGAAGGUAGGUACUUCAUGAUUGGGUCGAAUCGCAUCGACGCGUCGAUUGAUUUUGCCAAGGAGACUCCUCUGUGCACUACACUGUGCAAAGAUGGGUACACUGUGAGAACAAUCGAACACUUGCUGUCAGCUCUCGAGGCUAGCGGCGUCGAUAACUGUCGAAUUGAAAUUGAAAAUUCAGUCGAUGAUGAUCAAUCUGUCGAGGUUCCUAUUUUUGAUGGGUCAGCAAGGGAAUGGGUAAAUGCAAUAGAAGAAGUUGGGUUGAAGGUUGCUGCUGAUUCUGGUGGCAAAAGCUGUGAUAAGUUGGCACCUUAUGUUAAUGAACCUUUUCAUGUGUGGAAAAAUGACACUUUUGUUGCUGCGUUUCCUUCUUCAAAGCUCAGGAUCAGCUAUGGAAUUAACUUUCCUCAGGCUCCUGCAAUUGGGUGUCAAUGGUUUUCUUGUUCAUUAUCAGAUAAUUGCGUCUAUGUGGAGCAGAUAGCUUCUUCAAGAACAUUUUGCAUUUAUGAGCAGGUGGAACAAAUGUUGCAAUCAGGACUUAUUAAGGGUGGCUCUCUAGAAAGUGCCAUUGUUUGUAGUGGGAGUAAAGGCUGGUUGAAUCCACCCCUCCGUUACCAUGAUGAGCCCUGCAGACACAAGGUUUUAGAUCUUAUCGGGGAUCUUUCCCUUUUUGCUAGAGCUGGUAGUCAGGGGCUUCCGGUGGCUCACAUUGUUGCCUACAAGGGAGGACAUGCAUUGCAUACUGAUUUCGCUCGUCGCUUGUCAAGAAUCGAUUGAUGAACAAAGAAGCUUUCCUUAAGUUAUGGCUCAUGUAUUAUGAUUAUUUACUUUGAUAAGCUUUCCAAUUUUUAUCAAGAAUUAUAUACAUUGAUUUAACCUAUCAACUAAGGUAACUGUAUUGACACCACUUUGGAUUCAAUAGUGGUUGAAAUUGAGACAUAAAUUGGAGCAAAGGCGGCAGGUUCUGAGAGGAAUAUUUUAAAAACCAAAAGUAGUUUCAUACAGCUCUUGCCGUACCUGCCAACCCAAUUCCACUAUUUUUAUUUUAUUUUGAGCAUAUCAAUUUUUCCUUUUGUGUUA